UUUUUUAAGUUGCUCAUCGUCUACUUUCAUUCUUUUUUUAAAAUAACAUCAAGCCAAUGUGAGGUUUCAGGGGGUUAAUGUGUAUUUUAACACAUAUUUGAAUUUGAAAAUGAUUUUUCAAAGGGUAACAUAGCUUCUGAACGGCAUCUGAACGUAGCACAAGAAAACUGAUGUCGAUCCAUUAAAGGGUAUAUCUUUAAUAGAUCUGCAACAUCCAUGUGUUUUACAAAUCAUGUCACUUUUGUUUUUCACUGUACAUUUAGAUAACUCAGAGCUCCUCUCCCUGAUUAAUGCCAACAGAAACAACCCUUUUCCCAGUGUUUAACUAAAAAUGUAUGGAAAUGGAAAAAAUAUGGAGAAAUUAAAUAUAUCUGGGGUUUUGGCAUGACGUUAACCAGUUAUCAGGUCAUUAAAAAAAACAAUAACUUGGCGCCCCCUAGGGUGUCUUCAAAGUUGCCCUCACGGGAGCGCUCGCUGUGCGCGCUCCCGUGAGGUGCACGCAUUUCCGACGGCAGACACAACUGUGCAGUACACCGGCAGCUGAACCUGAGAGUCGUCGCUCAGGGCAUAAAGGCACGCGUGUAAAUCUUUAGCUGCUCACCUACUUCCUGUUUCACCGCAGUUACUUUUUGAAGUUACAGACAUUCAGACAUCAGACUGAGGAUGGACAAACACCGGACAGUAACGCCGUCACACACCAAGUUUGGCUCCUAAAAUGUCGGAGGAAUCCUCGACCAGCCUGACGUGCAUUUUACUCACUAGACCGAGUUUGUUUUCCGCAUAAAAGGGAUAAAAACACCCCUGCUGCGGGUCCAUCCUCAUGCCCGAAGUGUCGAAGAUGAAAAAGCCCGACGUCAAGGUUGUCCUGCUGGGGGACAUGAACGUGGGGAAGACGUCGCUGCUCCACAGGUACACGGAGAGGAAGUUCAAAGACACCAUCAGCACCGUCGGAGGGGCGUUUUUCCUCAAACAGUGGGGACCUUACAAUAUCUCUAUAUGGGACACUGCUGGUCGCGAACAGUUCCACGGGUUGGGCUCGAUGUACUGUCGAGGUGCAGCCGCAGUCAUCCUCACUUACGACGUCACAAACUGGCAGAGCCUUGCUGAGCUGGAGGAGCGCUUCCUGUCCCUCACUGACACUGCUAACCAUGACUGCAUUUACGCUGUAGUGGGCAACAAGGUGGAUCUCACAGACCCUAAAGCCCAGCUGUGUCUGGACUCAGAUGUGGCGUCUGAGGACCAAACUGAGUGUGAGGAGGGGAGGACAGACCCACAGGUGCUGUCUGCUUGCCCCACACCUCCGGCCUCCCCUGCGUCCCUCUCUGGGGUGACGGUGCAAAAACAGGUCACCCCCGAGGAUGCGGCGGCUCUUUAUGGGAGAAUACUGCGCUACAAAGGCCUGGAGGAGAAGAGCAGCCUGCCCGCAGAGAAGAUGUGCUUCGAGACGAGCGCCAAGACGGGCUACAAUGUGGACAAUCUGUUUGAGGCGUUGUUUGAUCUGGUUCUGCCUUCCAUCCUGAGGAAGAGAAAUGAGAACCAGGAGUCCCCUACGGUGGACCUGGAGGAGUGCAGAGGGGGCAGCAACAAGAAGGCCAGAUCCAGCUGCUGCUAGGGGCUGCCUCCAAAAGAGAAAUGUUUUUACCGAACGACAAUCAAGAGGUUGGUCUGCGCACCAAAUACAUACUGUGACGGUACUACUUACUUGCCUUGACUGAGACUUAAAAACAUUAAUGACCUCCCGGUAACACAAACACACAUUAUUCAAUCUGUAAAGACAGUAAGAAAAAGCAGCUGGCGUUUAUUUUAAAGGUCCAGUGUGUAGGAUUUAGUGACAUCUAGUGGUGAGGUUACAGAACUGAAACUUCUCCUGUGUGCGAAUCGUGUAUGGGCUCCUUAAUGCUCAACGUUAGAUACAUUAUUACGAUUUCCUCCUCUGUCGCCUUGUUUUUUGAUGUCGUUGGUUCACUCUGUAGUGCCAUCUAUUGGCUGUAUCUAUGUCAACAGGAAGGAUGCGUGGAAGUAUUAGGGCAGUGAUGUUUGAAACUGAUGUAUCUGUUUUUGAAGGUAAAGGGAGCAUAAAUGGGCCUCAAGAGACGUACGAUGGCCGAUAUGAAAACGUAAAUAGGCUACAGUAGCACAACAUGGAAGAGGACCUGCUUCCUGUGUAAAAUAAAUGGCUCAUUCUAAGGUAACAAAAAACACAAUUCUUAAUUUCAGGUGAUUGUACACUAAUUAAUACAUAGUUAAGAAAAUUAUAUACCACUUUUGCCAAUAUGUACCUCUAAAUCAUACACACUGGACCUUUAAGGAAGGGAAAUAAACAUGCUGCAUUAUCACUAGGGCUUUCGCGAUAACCCCAAUAUUGCAAUGUCACACUAUUGACCACCCAACUGCACGUGAUGGCAGAUAACUGACACAAGCGCUUUGUUGAUGUUUUCUUUUUUUUUUUUUUUUUUAUUUAAUGGGGGUGCUGCAUAUUUUCCCUCUACUCCACAUGCCAGCAGCGUGAUGAGCCACUGAGCAUCUAUUACUUAGCAGUUUUUUUCUGGUCACAGAAAGGUAAAAAAACCUGAACUUUGGUAAAACACUGCAGUUGUGUUUUUAUCCAG